AUGAUUUUUGCAGAAAGCACUGAAUCAUUUAACAGCGGCGAUAUUUACAAGCGCAACAUUGCGAACGGCACAAGUCACUGUUGUAAAAGUAAUGCUUACACGGAAAUGCCACGCUCGGAUAGCGGAAUAACAAAUUCUUGGUCGGAGAAGCCCGAAAACAAGAUGAAUUUGUUCUUUAGGAAUUUUUAUGUGCCAUUGUUGCUAGAUAUGCGAACGAAAUUCGUCGUUUUAGCUCUGUUCCUCGUAUAUCUUGCAUUAGCUAUCUAUGGAAUUAUGGGUAUGGAGCAAGGAUUGGAUUAUGACAAGCUACUGAUAAAAACUGAUCCGAUCGUUCGAACUAUCGCAGUUGAACUUGAACUUUUUCAUGGCGGCGAUCAG